GUAAUGUUGACAGCUGUUGCUCAGUUUACGUUGCUUCAUAACAAGUCGCUGCUGGUGAGGAGAGUUAGACAGUUGUUAUGGCUCUGAAGAGAAUACAGAAGGAACUCCAUGACCUCCAGAGGGACCCUCCUUCUCAGUGUUCAGCUGGACCUGUGGGAGAGGACUUAUUUCAUUGGCAGGCAACAAUUAUGGGACCAGGUGACAGUCCAUACCAGGGCGGAGUGUUCUUCCUCACAAUCCACUUUCCUACAGACUAUCCCUUUAAACCACCAAAGGUAGCCUUCACAACUAAAAUAUACCACCCCAACAUAAACAGUAAUGGUAGCAUAUGUUUGGAUAUCCUGAGGUCUCAGUGGUCCCCUGCCCUCACUUUAUCCAAAGUUUUAUUGUCCAUAUGUUCUCUGUUAUGCGACCCGAACCCAGACGACCCUUUAGUACCCGACAUUGCACAUAUCUACAAAUCAGACAAAGACAGAUACAACAAACUAGCAAGGGAAUGGACACAGAAGUACGCCAUGUAAUGCAUUGCCAUAGGAUUGUCGGAUAGCAUUUACCCUGGGUUGACAUAUUCCAAAUUCCAAAGUACUGUACACAUUCGAGGUUAAUAAUGAAGCAAAAAGUCUUCUUCUUCUUUUCUUUUUUUUUUUAUAUACAUAAGCAGUCUGCCCAGAGGGGCAACUGAGUGCUUUAAAGAAAUUGUUUUGUAACACUAACAAUCACUUUUCAUUGAACUGCUGAGUUGAGCCAUCAGGUAGAGGAAAACUAUUUCUUAUUCCUCGUGAUUAUAGGUACUACUUUUCUUUUUUUUCUUUUUUUUUUAAAGAAACUUUUAAUGUAUAGUUUAUAAAGCUAUACUAUAUCUAUUUGUAUUAUUUUGCAUUAAAAGCUUAGGGGGGAUUUCAAAAUGACUUGUGUCUUGAGGGGUAUUCAUUUGCACACUUUCACAUUUUGAGUUGCAAUGUUUUAUAUUGCUCUAGGGGGCAGCGCUGUGCCAGUAUUUUAGGUCCAAGCAUAAGACUCGUUUGCACAUUGUAAUGCCAGACUCACAAAUAUCUAACCAUUGACUGCUGGAAACAUUGUAAAAUGGAAACAUUUCGCUUCACUCAUGUUGAUCUGGCUUCCCUUAUAUCCAGUCUAUCAGCAAAGGCCAACAGCAGAAGACCGCAACUUGCUGGUAUUGUGUGUGUGUGAGAAACGAAAAGCCAUACAAGUUCUUUGCUGCUUGGAAAAACGUUAUUAAAGAUCUGAUUAAGCAUUA